AAAAACUAACUCAUCACAAAAGCGGAAAAGAAGACUACUACUGCUAGUCUGCUACUAGCUAAGCCACUGCUCGAAGGAGAAUGACAGAACCAUUGCUAGCUAAGUGGUCACAGAGCACUAAACAAAAAACAAUCCUAUCUCUGUAUAUAGAUACUCCUUCCCUCCUGCCCCCCUGCAUCUCUAGCUAGUCCUUUUUUUACACGCACCCACAAGAUUAUUAAACCUUUGUCUUUUUCUUGCCUUUUUUGUUCUUCAAAGUUUCUUUGUCCAGAGAGAUCUUUUUUUUCCUCCUUAAUCUUCUCUCUCUAGAAUAGCAGCAGAAAACAAAAUAAAACUCCGCGUGUUUAUGUCUUUUCCAUUAGAUCCCCAACGCGUUCUUCGACGACGACUAGAAAUACCAACAUUUCUUCUUCUCCUCCACUUCCUUAAGACUUCAUCACUGAUCCUUCCGCAUUCUCACCGAAAUUCCAUUUCACCAAAUCAAUGAGAGGUUCAUUGCCUAAACACGAGCGGCGAUGGGCCUCAGACACGGUUCCCGGCAAUGCAACGAUGAGCGCCGGGACAUCACCGGGAACUGAGUCUGGCGAGGAGUUUGUUGAGGUAACACUUGAUUUACAAGAUGAUAACACUAUCGUCCUUCGCAGAGUUGAGCCAGCAACAUCUACGGUUAUCAACAUCGAUGAUGUUUCUUUUACUCCCGGUGGUUCGGUGUCUGCCGGAGCUGUAACUCCGGUCUCAAGAUCGCCGACGAUCAGGCGGAGUUCAUCGAAUAAGAUUUUGCAAUUUUCUCAAGAGUUAAAAGCUGAAGCUGUAGCCAAAGCUAAGCAGUUUUCGCAAGAGUUGAAAGCUGAGUUAAGGAGGUUUUCUUGGACUCAUGGACAGGCUGCUCGGGUGUUAUCAGCUUCGGGAAAUAGCGGCGGCGGUUUUGAGUCAGCUUUAGCUGCUCGUGCUUUGAGAAAGCAGCGAGCGCAGCUGGACCGGAGUCGGUCUGGUGCGCAUAAAGCUUUGCGUGGAUUGAGAUUUAUAAGUAAUAACAGUACAAAAACAAAUGGGGUUGAUGCAUGGAGUGAAGUUCAAAGCAAUUUCGAAAAACUUGCUAAAGAUGGUUAUCUUUACAGGGCCGAUUUUGCACAAUGCAUUGGAAUGGAAAAUUCGAAGGAAUUUGCUGUGGAGCUUUUUGAUGCCUUGGGGAGGAGGAGGAGAUUGAAGGUGGACAAGAUUAGUCGAGAUGAGCUUCACGAGUUUUGGUCACAAAUUACCGAUCAAAGCUUUGAUUCUCGACUCCAGAUCUUCUUUGAUAUGGUGGACAAGAACGAAGAUGGUAGGAUCACCGAAGAAGAAGUGAAAGAGAUUAUCAUGCUAAGUGCUUCUGCAAAUAAGUUAUCGAGAUUAAAAGAACAGGCAGAGGAAUAUGCAGCUUUAAUCAUGGAAGAGUUGGACCCUGAAAGACUUGGCUACAUCGAGCUAUGGCAACUAGAGACACUUCUUCUACAAAAAGACACGUAUCUGAACUACAGUCAAGCUCUAAGCUACACAAGCCAAGCCUUGAGCCAAAAUCUACAGGGGCUAAGAAAGAGAAGCCCGAUAAGGAGAGCGAGCAAGCGAUGUGUAUACUUUUUUCAGGAGAAUUGGAGGAGAAUUUGGGUUUUGGCAUUAUGGGUUAUGAUAAUGAUUGGAUUAUUCACAUGGAAAUUCUUGCAAUACAAGCAGAAAAAUGCUUUUCACGUCAUGGGUUAUUGCCUCCUAACAGCUAAAGGCGCGGCAGAGACAUUGAAGUUCAAUAUGGCUCUAAUUCUCUUGCCAGUGUGUAGAAAUACUAUCACUUGGCUUAGGUCCACAAAGUUGGGUCACUUGGUGCCCUUUGACGACAACAUCAACUUUCACAAGACCAUAGCAGCAGCAAUUGUAAUCGGGGUGAUUCUCCAUGCUGGAAACCAUCUAGCUUGUGAUUUUCCAAGGCUUAUAAAUUCAUCUGAUGAUUCCUACGAACAGUAUCUGAUAAAUGACUUUGGUGGAAAGAAACCUUCAUAUGCAAAAUUGGUUAGAGGGGCUGAAGGUGUGACUGGAAUUCUUAUGGUGAUCAGCAUGGCAAUUGCAUUUACACUUGCUACGAGAUGGUUCAGGAGGAGCCUCAUUAAGUUUCCAAAACCCUUUGACAGGCUUACUGGAUUCAAUGCAUUCUGGUAUUCACACCACUUGUUCGUCAUUGUCUACAUCUUGCUUAUCAUCCAUGGUGUAUUCUUGUAUCUCGUGCAUAAAUGGUACAAAAAGACGACAUGGAUGUAUCUUUCUGUUCCAGUUUUACUAUAUGCAGGAGAAAGGGCCCUCAGGUUUUUUCGUUCUGGCUUCAAUACUGUCAGGCUCCUCAAGGUUGCGAUUUAUCCUGGAAAUGUUCUCACAUUGCAAAUGUCUAAGCCUCCCCAAUUCCGAUACAAGAGUGGACAGUAUAUGUUUGUCCAGUGCCCUGCUGUUUCUCCAUUUGAGUGGCAUCCAUUUUCAAUCACCUCCGCGCCUGGUGAUGACUACCUUAGUGUUCACAUUCGGCAGCUAGGUGACUGGACUCAAGAACUAAGAAGGGUAUUUUCUGAAGCCUGUGAAUGUCCCGUGGCCGGUAAGAGUGGACUUCUCAGGGCUGAUGAAACAACAAAGAAAAUUUUGCCGAAGCUCUUAAUAGAUGGGCCUUAUGGUGCACCGGCACAAGAUUACCGCAAGUAUGAUGUGCUGCUGCUUGUUGGUUUGGGAAUUGGUGCAACACCUUUCAUCAGCAUUCUAAAAGAUUUGCUUAAUAACAUUGUCAAAAUGGAGGAGCAGGCAGAUUUGGUCUCGGAUAUCAGUAGGACAUCAGACCUGAGCAUUGGAAGUAAUGAUACUUCAUCCUCUAACAAAGUUUCAACGAAACGUAAAAAGGCUGUAAGGACCACCAAUGCUUAUUUCUAUUGGGUAACAAGGGAGCAGGGCUCUUUUGAUUGGUUCAAAGGAGUCAUGAAUGAAGUUGCAGAGCUUGAUCAAAGGGGUGUGAUUGAGAUGCAUAAUUACUUGACCAGUGUGUAUGAGGAAGGAGAUGCCCGAUCAACCCUCAUUACCAUGGUCCAAGCCCUAAACCAUGCGAAAAACGGUGUGGACAUUGUCUCUGGCACCAGGGUGCGAACGCAUUUUGCAAGGCCUAAUUGGAAAAAGGUUCUUUCUAAAUUAUGUUCCAAGCACUGUAAUGCAAGGAUAGGCGUGUUUUACUGCGGGGCACCUGUCUUGGCCAAGGAAUUAAGCAGGCUCUGCUAUGAAUUCAAUCAAAAAGGUUCCACAAAGUUUGAGUUCCACAAGGAGCAUUUCUAAGUGAUCAGGGGGGUGGUAUACAUAGCGUUUACACCUUUUUUUUCUCAGCAAAACUUCCUCUAACACCCCCGAUGCAAAAUAAGAAGUUCUGCGAUAAGACAAUGAAGCUUUUGUACAGUGUUGGGCAGAAAAAGGAAAAUGGGGGAGUUAAAAAAAAGAAGAUAAAUAGAUAUACUGAAAUACGUGGUAACAUAUUAGUAACACCAAGCAGGGCCAUAAAAAUAAUCCUGGCUGGUGAGAUUGCUUGAGGUUUCAACGAUAAACCUGUGCUAGUUUGGAGGUGGCAAGUGGACGGCAUUGCUGAGAGCAAGAGUGGGUUACAGAUGCAAUGGAGAGGUUGAGAUUAUUGAGAAAUGAUAUACAUAGUUUCAUUUUGUCUUUUUUCUUUUAUAUAUAUAUAUAUAUAUAUAUACACACACAUAUAUAGUUUCAUCGAGUGUUAGGACUGCCAUUGUAAAAGUAAAUGGGGUCCUAACCUUGCUAUUAGAAAUAGAUUUUCUGUUCGUUGAAACCGUAACACUUGAUGGUUGAGUUGAUAGCAUUUGGAUUAAGUAUCAGUUCUUGUAUUCUA